AUGGCCGUCUCGCCGCGCGCCGACCCGGACUGGGGCAGCUGGCUGUGGCAGCCCAGCGUGCCCCCGCCGCGGCUGCGGCUUCAACCCUCAGGCUCGCUCAGCGCCAACCAGGGGACCGCCGCGGCUGCCGCCGCCGCCGCGGCCGUGGCGGAGGCGGCGGCCUCCGCGGGGGCGCAGGCUGCGGCGGCGGCAGAGGUGGCAACUUGGUCCCAGCCUGAGGGGCCCGGGAAGGGCGGCGGCGAUGCCAAUUUUACAGGCCAGGCGCCACCGGGCCGCCCGUUGUUUGAGGGCCAGCACACGCCGCCGCCUGGGCAGCUGCGGCGGCAGCUGCGGGACCAGCAGCAGCAGCAGCAGCAGCAGCAGCAGCAGCAGCAGCAGCAGCAGCAGCAGCAGCAGCACAAGGCGACGCAAGCAGCAGUGCGUCAGGAGGACGAGGUGCAGCAGCAGGCGCAGGUACCCUUGAAGCUCAUGCCAGGCACCAAGCUUUCAAUGGCGCCGCCAUCCGCGCAGUCCCCCAAGCAGCCAUCCAAGCUGUGCCUGCCGGCUGCUUCCCUGCAGCCCACGGCAGCGGCCUCCGCUCUGCAGCAGCAGCAACAGAAGAAGGCCUCGGUUUCGCAGCAGGCCCCGGCGCAGCCCCUGCUUCUGCGGCAAGAACCACCACAGCUGCAGGAAGUGCCCUACAAGCAAGAGCAGCAGCAGCAGCAGCAGCAGCAGCAGCAGCAGCAGCAGCAGCAGCAGCAGCAGCGUGGCCCGGCGCCCGGCACUCUGUUGUGGGGCAAGAUGUCGCUCUUCCCGUGGUGGCCCUGCCUGGCGCUGGCAUCGGACGACGCCGCGAUCCCCGCGCCCGCGCGGGAGGCAGCUGGCGGCGGCUGCCCCGCGCUUCGCGUGCCGGUCAGGUUUUUCGGGCCUGGCGCAGAGGUGUCGUACCUGGAGCCGCGAAACCUGUCCCCGUGGGACCACCCGCAAUCCGCGGAGCGCGCCGCCCGCUCCAAGGCCGCCGCCUUCGUGCGCGCCGUGGCCGAGGCUCGCGCGUACGCGGACAGGGACGUGCUGCCAGAGGCGUUUUCUGCGCCUGCAGACGAGCUGUAUGGCGCGGCGCCGCCGCAGCAGCCGCAGCCGCCUCCGGCGUUGGCGGUGCAGCGGGAGGAGCAGCACUCGCCGUCAAGCCCGCGGCAGCAGCAGGGGCACGGGGAGCGGAAGGCGGGCCGCAGGCACAAGGCGGGCGCCGCGGCACGCGCGCCGAUCAAGGGGGCGCCAGGGCCAAGCGCGGCGCGCGCCACGGCCACGGGCAGCCGCAGCCGCGGCGGCAAGCACGGCACCGGCGGUCCGCUCGCGACUCGGCGCGCGCAGGCCGCCGGCAAGCCGCCGCUCAAAUCAUAG